ACAAGCCAUGAAUUUCAAAUUGGUGUUCCAUAACCUUUCCCAAUCUGAAAGUUGAAUAUUGUGCCCCAAAUCCCUCUCCCAGUGUAUCAUUGCUGAUUUUACCUGACUUCUUUCCCUUUCUGUUCCAGUCUGAAGAUUCGGAUCUGCCUUACCCUCCGCCCCAGAGAGAGCCGAACAUCUUCAUGGUACCUCAGGGGAUCAAGCCCGUCCUUCAGCGUACAGCCAUUGAGAUAUUGGCUUGGGGGCUCCGGAACCUGAAAAGCUACCAGCUGGCCAGCGUGACGUCUCCCAGUCUCCUGGUGGAGUGUGGAGGACAGAUGGUUCAGUCGUGUGUCAUCAAGAACCUCAAGAAGAACCCCAACUUUGACAUCUCUGUCCUCUUCAUGGAAGUGAACUUGCCAAGGGAAGAUCUGUACUGUCCCCCCAUCAUCAUCAAAGUGAUUGACAACAGGCCCUUUGGCCGGAAGCCGGUGGUGGGGCAGUGCACCAUCCGCUCUCUCGAAGCAUUUUUCUGCGAUCCCUACAAGGAGGAGGUCGUGUUCCCUGAAAUGCAUGCAGAUGACGUGAGCCUCACUCCAAGGGAUGACGUCCUCAUUGAUAUUGAUGACAAAGAGCCUCUCAUUCCAGUCCAGGUAAUCACUCUGCAAGAAAAUUAAGGCUAACCUUUCUGG